AUGCACUCGAAUAGAACGAGCCUUUACUUGGAUGAACUACUCAAUGAGAUGAGUCAACUUUCGAUAAGUCCAAUUGACUUCAGAAAUACCAGAAUUCUUUUGUCAAAAGAGAUUUCGAAAGUUUUUGAUGAAAUGAAUCUGAACGAACCAACAAGACCAAUGAAUCGAUACGGAUCAGAAGAUCACAAGAAUUUAUUCUAUUCGCCACAACUUGCUGCUAGUCCAUCUCCAUUUACUCCAACAUAUUCUCUUCCGACGUUCCCUCAAUUCUCAACUCCAUACUCUUCUUCUUUCUCCAAAUCGAAUCCAUUCGAGACUCCAAUUAAACAUUUAAAAUCGAGAACUUCUCAACAAAAUCUUGGUGAUUGGACCAAUGGAAACAGUUCAAUCGAUCAGUCUCCAUACGUUCUUCAGACGAAAAUCUAUAUUCCAGAGCCACCGAAAAAGGGAUUUGGAGAGAAAGAAAAAUAUAAUUAUAUUGGACGUAUUCUUGGACCAUCUGGAUCUACAGCUCAAAUGAUUGAAAAUCAAUUUAAUGUGACACUUUUGAUUCGUGGAGCUGGAUCUGUUAGAGGAUUGAAAUCUGAGGAAGAAGAAAAGAAAAGAAAGAAAAAAGAACCACACUUGAAUGAGCCACUUCAUGUUCUUCUAAUCGCAAGACAUAAUAAUAAACAGAAAUGCGAAGAAAUUCUUGAUAAAGCAGCAGAGAAGAUUGAAAGUCUUUUGGUUCCAGUUCAUGACGAUUUGAAAAAAGAACAACUAGUUCGUCAUGCGAUCAUGACUGGAAGUUAUGAGCCAAGAACUGGAAAAAAGUAUUAUGGGGAUCGAAAAAGUUCAAUUAAAACUCAGGAGACUCCGGAAUGA